AUGGUUGGGGAUCAUGUUGACUUGCAGAACCAAUCUGCACUUUUCAAACCACUUUUAAUAGGCAACACCCAGAUCGAUAACCGCAUAGCUGUUUCAGCAAUGUGCACAUAUGCCGCCGAUCCUCAAUCACAUACGAUAACCAAAUCUCAGCUAGACCACUACAUCUCCUUAGCUAAACAACAACCAGGAUUGAUAGUAUUUGAAAACAUGUCGGUUAGUGACCUUGCAAUUGCCAAUAAAUGCGAUUUAGCCUUAUGGAAUGAUGAACAAGCAAAAGAACUAGCACCAUUAAUUGAUGAAAUACACGAAUUGGAUGUGAAAUGUUGUAUACAAUUGACUCACCCAGGAAGGAAAUCAAUCGUUGAGUGUUUUGCACCUACGUCUAUUCCUUUUGAUAAAGAUCUGCUAUUACCCGUUGAAUUGAGCUCACGGCAAAUUGAACAGAUCAUUAAAGAUUUUGUGAAUGCUGCUAGAAGAGCAGUUACAAUCUGUCAUGUUGAUUAUAUUGAGAUUUCUUGCUGUAAUGGGAAUCUACUACAUCAAUUCUUGAGUCGGCAAACAAACCAAAGACAGGACUGUUAUGGUUCUGAAGACAUUGGCAAAAGAGGGCUUUUUUUAAUUGAGAUGAUAAAAGCAAUACGAAAAGAAAUGGAUAUUCCCAUCUUUGUUAAAUUGGCGGCCUGCGAUAACUUAAAAGAAGGAGAAUCUAUAGAGGAUACGUUACAGUUGUGCCAUUGCUUAACUGAUAUCGUAGAUUUGAUUGAUAUCACAUCUGGUGGAAUAUCACCAGAUUCCAAAUCAAGAUGGCUUUUGAAUCAAGACAAGUCAAUACCCGGUCAAGUUCCCUUGGCAGAGAAGGUGAAGAACAAAAUCGGCAAUCGAUGUAUUGUAGGUUGCAGUGGUGGCUUAAAUCGAAAUAUUAAGGAACUCGAAUUUUUUGUCAAACUGGGGAAAUUUGAUAUUGCAUUUAUUGGAAAGGGAUUCAUUGAAACUGCACAGUUGAUGCAACAAAUUAUCACACAAGUUUCAUCAUGA